AUGAAUAAUACAUACAAAUAUGAUGCGUCGUAUGCAUGCACAUUAACAACAUACGAAGGAAGCUUUGGAGUUUACAAUUCCUGUGUGGAAUACGAAAAUGAGCAGUUAAGAAAUUUCACCCUGCAGAUAGUAAAAAAUGUAAUCAUCAAAAUUUUGCUAUUUGAGCACCUCAAGAGGGCAUCCAAAGGAGAAUUGAAUGGUGCACGUCAUAAUCACGUAAAACUGCUUAGUAGUAACAACGUACAUGUGAGGAAAAGGAAGGAUGAGAAGAACUCGCAAAGGGGCAUUUCUACUAAUCGUCAUACGGUAUAUCCGAACGAAGAAUGCGCAACUGAUGGGGGGGAUUAUUAUACAUACGGGUGGCAUGUAGAAGAUGGACAAAUUGACGAUCCGAAGGGUGGCAAAAAUGUGAAGCUGGAAGGAUGUGUGGUGCGAAGAAAGAGCAAAGAAACAAAAAAAAAAUAUUAUAAUAAAGAGAUAAAGAAAAAAAGGCAUAUUGCAAGGGGGGAGAGCAGGAGAGAAAAUCAAAAUGGAGACAGCAAUACCAUCAGAAAUGACAGUCCCCAUUUCGUGCAAUUGGAAAGGGGCGAAAGGGCGGCAUCUAUGGGGCAUUCUAAUGAAGGCCAUUCUACGCUGAACAAGCUAAUAAAUAACUAUGUCUACGCGGAAGAGGCUUUUUCUGAAAUUACACAUAGUGUAGAAAAUAUCUCGUGCCAUCUGGUGGAAAGCAGAAGACGCUCCUCGAUUGAGCAUGCCGUUUUAAAUGAUAUAACGACAUUCACAAUUCGUUUGGCGCACUCCAUUGGUUCAUUACACAAAACGAUGAAGGACAUUUUUUUUAGCCCAUUUUCUCCGGAAGGGGUCGAGAAGCAUUCAUACCAUUUGACUAAUAAUUUGCUUCGCAGUGGUGAUAACCCUGUGUGGUGCAUAUUGGGGGAAGUGACCCGUCGUAAAGACCUUCCUACGCAGAGCAAAAAAACGAGAAGUCUUUUUUUAAACACCCUCAUUAAUUAUUUCCAGUCGGCUCAAAAAUGUAGCGACUUAGACCAGUUGGUAAAGAAAACAAACUCUCGAUCGCAGCAAAUGUGUAAAAAAGUACAUGCCUGUGUAAAGAAGAACAAUGAAGGAGACAAAACCAUUGUAACAAGAUGCGAAAUGAUGAAAUUAGUUUAUCAUUUGACUACAUCGGAGCAGGGUAGCACAAUCCUUGGAGGCAUUUCACCCCAACGCAUUCAUUUGGGCAUACCCCUUUUUUCGGCAAGAAUUGAAAACAUUUUGCUCAAGAAGGAAACACAAGGAUGUAGUGUUAAAUCAAAUCAGCAUUCUUCUCACGGUGACUCUGUCACAUGUGAUGAUCUUUGUUUCCAAAUGAAUUUCCAAUCAGAGCAUCAUUUGUUUACCCCCAUUUUUAUUAGCAGUUGGGAAAUGAGGAAACGUGCCUCUGCUAUGUUUAAAGGGAUGAUAUGCCAUGCUGACCGCGAAUCUGAUUACGCCUUUGGAGGGCAUAUUCCCCUUCUGUGCAGAAUCAUGUGUGAUCAAAUGCGUUAUGAAAAUGGUUGCUUUGUGAAGGGUUCGCAAGCGACUUCGUCAUGUGCCUCUUCCCCUUUUGGAGAUUCUAUUUGGGGAAGACAAACAAAGGGAAGAAUGAACUUGUUCAGCUUUGUGCCCUUCUUAAGUAAACGUGUAUAUAGGCGAAUCAGAAAAACUUGCCACGUAUUCUGGCUGUACCGACGGAGAAAUUGGAAAACGGAAUGUAGAGACGGAGCCCUAUUGAGAGAACCCCAAAAGGGAGAAAUAAAUCAUCUCUAUUGUGUGCAUAAUGGAAGAGAUCGGGAUAGCUACAGUAGGAAGGGCAACAGGAAUGAGCAGGUCAGGAAGGUAUAUAAACCGACCAAGGGGAAGCCUAAUCGUUGUGUAAUCCAGCUGGGGAUACCAAACCGAAGCGCGCAUAAAACAGAUGUUACUCCCCCGAGUAGGAGAAAAAUGUUAUAUUUUAAGAUCCUUUCUAAAAAUAUGGUGAUUGAAUUUUUAUCCCUCAUUGGGACAAAACAACAAGUACGCAAAUCGUUUCCCCCCAUGGCUGGAGAGCCCUCGCAUUGCUCGUUACUCCCUGUGAGCUGUGUAGGCAAAAGUAUCCUUAGGAACUUCCCCAAAUGGGGUGAGCAUUCUACGACCUAUUGCAUUAGCAACAGCGGAGGUGACAACAGUGGGAAUAACUAUUCCGGCGGAUAUUCAAACGGCAACUGCCGAGGUGACACCCCCAACGGGGGCGGCGGCGCGAAUAACUAUGGUGGUAUGAAAGGUUCAGGAGGUUACGGAGGCGGCCUUGGGGGUGCAGGAGGAAGUGGCGACAACGACGGGGAUAACAACAACAAUAAUAACAAUAAUAACAGGGAUGUGUUCCACGACCUGGAGGACGACGAGCAGGACAACACAAAUGACAACAAAAACGGUGGUAGUAGCAUGGACAAAGGGAGGAACUCCAUUAACAUGCACGAAAUGAAGAUGAACGAUGUGAAUCUCAUGUAUGGCAAUCACGAGGACAGUGCAACCAACAUGAUGAAUGGAAAUUAUGUUGACAGCAAUGCAGGGAAUUUAGAAAAUGCCUACAAAAAUGAAAAAAGCAGUGGUGGGAAUCAUCUUAACAUUGCAGGAAAAGGCGACCCCUUCUUUGAGAAAGGAGAAAAUAACAAAGCAAUUGGAAUGAUUAGAAGUGCAUCGAACAGCUUAAUGAACAAGGGGGGAGGGACCCCCGCAGGGAUGAUCAAUUCGAAUAUGAGUUAUGUGCCCCACAUGAAUGGGAAGGGCGGCAUGGGAAGCGGCAUGGCUAGCGGAAUGAACAACCCAAGGAUGAACAACGUUCCCCCGAAUCAAAUGAUGAAUUACCCAAACAUGUAUAUGGGAGGGAACAUGCUACAACCCCAUGGGGCUCAAAGUGGCAUGCAUAAUAGCAUGAAUAGCACAAAUUCCGGUGGAGGAGACCUCUUAGAUAAUAUGCAAAAUAUGAAACAGCCAGGAGGAGGAAUGUUAAAGCACAAGCACAACCAGUUGAUGCUCCCAGGGCAGAACGCAGGAGAUAACAAAAUGACUAACUCACAGCAACAUAGUAGUACGAGCAGCAGUAGCAUGCCCCCAAAUAAUUUCAUGCCCAAUCAACUGCACCAGCAGUUUCAAAUGCAACAACAGAUGCAUUUACAGCAUUUAUUUCAUCAGCAAAAUGUCCACCCAUAUAAUAUGAUGCAGCCAAAUAACCCUUCGAAGUUCUCAACCCAACAGGGUUCCCAGAAACAGUCAAAUGCUUCCAUCCUGAAAAUGCCUCAGAUGUUAUCCAUGAAUUCACCUGAUCGGAGGAGCAACUCCAUUUCGCAGAAGAUGCCUAGGUAUGUAAUGAACCCAGCGGAUUCCUCUAGCAAUUCGCAAAGAAGUCCCAACACAUUCAGCAUGUCCUCCAUGGCCAACCCGCCGAGCCAUGUAAAUCCAAUGUCGUUGAAAUAUCCCUACAAGAAUAGCAGCACGUCGCAGCCUAUGGGCAAUUCUGGCAUUUGUAACAACAAUAGCAAUAGUAACAACGGGAACAACCACGCGCAGCAGAACCAUCCCCCUGCGGUGAGUGGCCCGCAACAGCACGGCUUGCAAAACCCGAUGAGCAACAUGAACCACAAUGUGAGCCUCAACGUGAGUCACAAUUUGACCAACAAACAGAACAUGCAACAGAGCAUACUGUCGGGGCCGCACAUUCCGCUGACCAAGCAGAAUUCACAACAGCUGCUAAUGCAGUCGCCGGGUUCGUCCACGGCGCAGAAGGUGGUGCCCCAAAUGUUUCAGCACCAGUCAAGUAUGCAGCAGGCUAUACAGCAGAACGUGCAGCACCAACAUAACGCCCAGCAGCAGAUGGGUCCAACGCCCAAAACCAUGAACACGACGAGUAUAUCCGGCUCGAUCAACAGACAACCCAGCCAUGGGUCCUUCUCGCAUGUUCCUCUGAACCAACAAAACAUGCCUCCAUACAUGCAUGGAAAUCCCAUGCACAUGUACCAGCAGCAGCCCCCGUUUUUCCAGAGAUCAUCCUCAACUCCUCAGAACAUGGGUCCCCAGCAGAUUUCUUACGAGUGGAUGCACACACCCUACAUGCAGCAUCAAUACAUGCUUCAGCAAGGCCAGUUAACGCCUCAGCAAUUGUACCUGCAGCAGCAGCAAAAGCAGCAGAGCCUGUUGCACCACGGGCAGCAGAACGUGUCUGCACUGCACGUGCAUGCGCAGAAACAGGGCCUGUCGCAGAUGCAGCAUAACGUAGGCUACCCACAGCAUCAACAUCAGCAGCACCAUCCGCAGCAACAAAUGCAGAUGCAUAGUAUGGCGAACCUACCUCAACACAUGCGAAUGAUCCCACCACAGCAUGCCAAUAUGCCAUUCAAGCAGAAUGUAACACAGCCAUUUCCACACAUGUAUAAGGAUAAUAUGCUCCAAGGAAGCACCAAUUUCGAGUUUAUGGAAAACAUGAAUGACAUGCAAAGGAUGGGAUCUUCCUUGAAAGGUCACGUCCUGGACGUGAAUACUAGCAAUAACAUAUCCUUAGAAGGAGCGAUUGAAGAAGACAUUUUCGACAGCCAUUAUCACUGCGACAUAUGUAACAAGGAUAUAACGCAUGCGAUUAGAAUAAGGUGUGCCGAAUGUGUUGACUUCGACCUAUGUGUAAAUUGCUUCAGCAGUGGAAAAGAAAUGAAGUCGGAAAAAUGUGAGCAUUACAAUUAUCACAAUUACAUACCCAUACCAAAGUAUGACUUCCCCUUGUAUAAGUUAAAUUGGAGCGCAGAAGAGGAGCUGUUACUAUUAGAUGGGAUAAGCAAAUAUGGUUUUGGAAACUGGGAACAAGUAGCUGAUCUGGUGAAUUCUGCUGCGAAAAUUGCCAAGACGGAUAGAGAGUGUGAAAAACAUUACUAUAAUUUUUACCUUAAAUCGAACUGUGCGCCGCUACCCGAUAAUAAAAGGCUGCUAAUCAAGCCGGAUGGAAAUCCAUACGACAUUGAACACGUGACAGAAAAAGAUAUGAACGAAAAUGAUGAUUAUGUGCAACCGAAAUCGAAGAAAAAUAACAGGACGCAGAUUAUUGGGUACUGGCCACUCAGAGGAGACUUCGAUAUUGAGUAUGAUAACGAUGCGGAGUUGUUAUUAGCUGACAUGGAAUUUAAAGAAUCCGAUUUGCCUCAACAGAAAGAGCUAAAACUGCAAGUGCUUGAAAUUUAUAACUCCAAAUUGGAUGAAAGAAUUUACAGAAAAAGGACCGUUAUUGAGAGGGGCCUGUUGGACACCAAGUCACAAAUGCAGAGGGAUAAGAAGAGGACGAAGGAGGAAAAGGAAUUGUACACUGCACUGAAGCCACUCUCCAGGUUUCAUUCCCCGCAACACCACGAAUAUUUCAUUCAGUUAUUGCUGGAGGAGCAGAAGCUCCGUCAAAGGCUGACCAAACUGCAGGAGUGGAAAACGCUGGGUCUGCAAAACAUCGAACAGGUACAAGAGUACGAAAUUGAAAAGAACAGGAGGGCCAAGGAAGCAGUCAAACAUCAGCAACAACAACACCAACUGCAGAUGCAACUACAGCAGAACCAGCAGCAGAAUCAGCAACAACAGCAGGAACGGCCAGAAAAGGUCGGCACGAAAGCCAUGAAGAGCAACAAAAAGGAAUGCAAAAUUAAACAAAAGGAAGAACAAGAAAUGGAAGAUAGUAAAAAAUUAAACAUAGACACCUUUGUCCAACUGGACCUCUUAAACGAGAAAGAAGUGGAGUUUUGUAAAAAUAUGAAACUUCCCAUUCUGUUUUUCCUUCUCAUCAAGAGGUUACUUAUAAUGGAAAUUAGCAAUAGCAAUUUGAAUAUGCUCAAGGAUAUCAACGAGCUCAAGCUGAAGGGUUACAAGGUGGGCCAACUCUACGACUUCUUCCUCAGCUUUGACAUUAAUCAGAAGGAGGAACUCCUAAACAACAACGGAAAUGGCAACCUUAAAAAUUCAUACAUAAGAAAGAACGAAGAUAAAAGACGAAAACUCAGAACGAACUAUGACUGCAACAGUUUUAAUCGAUCUGAUAAGGUGGAGGUGGACGACCCGAAUGACAAUGGCGGCAAUGCUGGAGGCGCAGCCAGUAACGGGGGAAACAAAAACUAUGCGGGAGGAUCAAGCGGUGCGGCAAUUUGCGCCCCGAGUGACAUCACCGGUGCGGUAACAGGUGUCGUCACAGGAGCCGUCACCGGAACCGUCACAGAUACCCUCUCGGGUGCAGUCGCCAGUACCACUCCAAAUGGUAGUGACACCCCAGCGGUGAAGACCGAGAUGCUCAAUGAAAAUGCAGAGCACACCCUGCCGAUGAAUGAAGAGAGUGCGACCAUCCUGAAUGAACCCACCUCAAUCGAUGACCCACAGAACGAUAAGGACCUACCGACGAGCACCGAACCAGUGGGAAAAACUGACGAAAACGACAACGUAGCAGCCCCUACUGAUAAAGGAAAAACCACAACGAAUAGCGCACCUGUAAGUGCCCCCCAUGGAGCACCUACUACCGUCAGGGACAGAAAAUCCAGAGAGAAAAAAGUAAAGAGAGAAAGAGACGAGAAAGCGACACAGCAGUUGAUAACUUCCAAAGAAUCUGAAGUGGCGAAUAGCCCCCCAAAGGAAGUGACUCCGAGGAGCUCAGGAAUCUUAAGCCCUAGUCAAAAGAAAAAAACCAACGUGAAAAAGAAAGCAAGUACUAGUACAGCCACAACCUUAGGGGGGAAAACAACUGAGAGGGCGCAACAUUUGGGAGGCCUUGAGGGGGCCACAGGAGAAAAGAAGCGAACGGAAGAAGUUCUGUAUGACAAGAAAGAAGUAGAAAACAAAAUGAAUGAAGCAAAGCUUAGCGAGGUAGAAGCGCCUUCCAGCGGUGCAACACCUGCGGAGGUGAUUCCCACGGCAGAAAAAUCCACCGAUGUUAAUGCACUCAGCCCGUACGACGAAGAGGACAAGGAGGUGGUGGAAGACUAUGUUGACCUGGACGACGACGUAGAUGAUAGAGAAACAAACGCCGACGUAGACGAAGAUGAAAAUGAAAAAAAAAGUAAAAAGAGAAGCACAAAAAAGAAAACAGAAAGUAAAGAAGAAAGCUCACAUUUAGUCAGGACAAUGAAAAUGAAGACAAGUAUAGGGGAUAACAAUUCUACGAAUGAGAUAUUCAAAUAUUCAAGUAAUUCGAGGAGAAAAUCGGUGGAGAAAACGAAGGAAACUCCAUCACCAGUUAGAAGUAACAGCCAAAGUAAGAAAAAAAUAGGGGAAGCAAAUAUAAGUGAAGAGAAGGAAAUGUGCACUAGUGGAAUAAUUAACAACGCAGACCAUUCGUCGGGGAAGCUGAAAAAAGGUUCUCCAAAAAACGAUGAAAGUCCUAGCAGUGGAAUUUUUGAAAACACGUCCAAAAAGCGAAGUAACAGCAAAUCCAAGAAAAGUAGUGACUACGAUUUGAGUAGAAAUGAGUCGAGAGUGAGCAGCCAUUUUGAUCUGGAAAAUGAAAAUGUCUCUUGUGUGGAAAUAUUUGAUUCUAGCCUAGAAUUGGAUGAAAAAUUACCUAAAGGGAAAAAGCUUAGCACCCCCUCCCUGUCUUCUUUAUCCACAUUGAGUAAGAAUGACAAGAACAGACGUAGCAAAGCAAAGAGUGACACCUUGAGCGUGGAGGUUAUAUCUUCCAGCGUUGAUACAAAGGAUAACGAUAGAAGUGACAGGAAGGCCAAAACAGCUGACGACAGUUCAAAGAAGUCGUCGAAGAAGAGAAAGGGCUCCACCAGUUUGGUUUCCACGUCGACGAAGAAGUCCAUGAAGAUGUGA